GUGUUUUGUACCUCAGCACCAGGACUGUCCUCGUUUCCAGGAAGUCUUGGUCCUUGGCUGCAACUAAAGAACGUGACUUGCUAGCCUGAGGAGCAGUAUACUGAUCAUUUUCUUGUCAUUAAAUUGGUGACGAAGAUUGAAAAUGGGGGAUGAGGAGGAAAAAUACGAUGGGAUGCUGCUGGUAAUGGCACAGCAACAUGAAGGAGGAGUACAAGAGUUGGUGAACACAUUUUUCAGCUUUCUGCGACGAAAAACUGAUUUCUUCACUGGGGGAGAGGUUGGAGCGCCAGAGAAGCUGGUGAAAGAGUCUUUUGCCCAUCACAGUCAGAUCGCCCUCAAGGCGCAUAAAGACAAACAGGCCAAGCAGGAGAAGGAGAAGAAGGAGAAGGCAGAGCGGGCGGCAAAGAUCGCAGAGGAGGACUCCAAGAAUAAGCAAGUGGCCUCAGACGAGCCCAGGAUCAAAGAGCUGACGGAAGAGGAGGCCGAGAGGCUGCAGGACGAAAUAGACCAGAAAAAGCAUGCUGCUGACAAGAAGGAGAAGCAGGCCCCACAACCUCCACCAGAAAAAUCUGAAGAGAAAGGAGAUGCAGUGGAGAACGGGGAGAAAGUCGAGAAAGUGGAGAAAGGGGAGAAAGGGUCGGACUCCGAGGGAGAGGAGGAUGAGAAGGACAAAGGAAAGAUGAAGCCCAACGGCGGUAACGGUGCCGACCUGCCCAACUACAGGUGGACUCAGUCCUUAUCAGAAGUAGACAUCGUGGUGCCUUUUAAUGUGAAUUUCCGCAUGAAGGGGAGGGACGUGGUGGUGGACAUGCAGAGACGCACCCUGAAGGUGGGGCUGAAGGGUCAGGCCCCUGUGAUCGACGCGGAACUCUGCAACGAGAUCAAGGUGGACGAGAGCUCCUGGCUCAUCGACGACGGCAAGGUUGUCACCAUCCACCUAGAAAAGAUCAACAAAAUGGAGUGGUGGAAUAAGUUGGUGACCACGGACCCAGAGCUCAACACAAAGAAAAUUUGCCCAGAAAACUCCAAGCUGUCUGAUCUGGACGGGGAGACGCGCAGCAUGGUGGAGAAGAUGAUGUACGACCAGAGGCAGAAGUCCAUGGGCCUGCCCACCUCGGAGGAGCAGAAGAAACAGGACAUCCUGAAAAAGUUCAUGGAGCAGCACCCGGAGAUGGACUUCUCUAAAGCCAAGUUCAGCUAAGAGCGGCAGUGACGGCUCAUCUCGUCUCGUCUCGCCAAGCGGGCUCUUACUGUCUGCUGUGCCUCAGAGUCCGUUACUAGCCACUCCAACCUCAGGCUGCUUCAGAACGACACACACACACACACACAGCUCUCUCUCUCUCUCUCUCUCUCUCUCUCUCUCUCUCUCUCUCUCUCUCUC